UGAAACUAGCUUUUGAAUUUUCUGUCACACUGGAAUUUACGUAACAGUUACCCAGAAUUCAAUACAAUUUAAAUUCCUAAAAAUGUGUGAUAAGAAAACUGGAUUGAUAUAUAUUAAAUCAUUGAUUUCACUUGCUCUGAUGGCAAUGGCGGGAUGGGAUAUAAUAUAUAUAAUAGCCCCUCAAGUAAAUCUGUCAGUAUUUAUCUACCUGAUUCUUAACUACCCCAAACUAAACAUAUUGGACUGGCAUGAUCAUCAUAAGUGGACAUAUUCAAGUGGUGUGAUUGCCUGGUCGGACAUCCAAUGGAUUUUACAUCUUUUUGGGCUUGGAUUUAUUCCAUUUGCGAUUGUGAUAUUCUAUAUCUGGAACAGACAUGAAUUUCGUGAAAGAGGUUAUUUGGAUUAG